AUGAGCACCGUAAAAUGCUUUAACCCGAGGUGUAAGCGUAAAGCAAAAUUUUGAUGCAAUUGUACAUCUCCAGAGACUUAUUACUGCGAAGAGCACCACUUAAUGCAUUUAAAAUCAAACAACAAGCCUCACACUUCCAGUUCGCUAUUUUUUCAAGCUAUUGAUGGUAAAAAAGAAGAAAUUCUCCAGCUUCUUGAACAAGAAAAAUCUAAAUUUGAUGCAAUAAAAGUAGAAAUCAUAGCUUCCUUUAACCAAAUACUUUGUGAUAUUGAAAAGGCCCUUAAAGAAAUUUUGAAAGAAAUAGACUCAGACGUCGAAAAAAUUAACAAUUAUUUCGAAAAGGUGAACAAAGUGAGGGAAGUAUCGAUAUUUGAUGAUGAUCCAGUUAUGAAAUUAUUGGUUUCUGAGACUGAUGGUGCUGCUGAAAAAAUUAAAGAGAAUUUUAAGGCAAUCUCAUAUAACGAUAUUGAGAAUUUCUAUAAUAUGAGCAAUGAAAUUAGUAAAAUUAUAAAGAGAUCUACUCCGCUUUUAAGAUUUUUGAUUUAUAUAUAUAUAAAAAUAAUUUAUUUUAAAUAUUAUUCAUAAACAGAAAAAAACUUUUUAGAGAAGAGCUCCAAAUUUUCCCCAGAGAUAGCCAAAAUCCUUUGAGGCAGCCAUUAUUUCCUAUUUCUUCUUCCUCUGGCCAAUUUAUUCCACACUUUCCAACCAUUCUCGAAGCGGAAUCUUUAAAUUUAGAAAUACCAAAUAUUUCCCCUCCAAUAAUGAUGCACGACCAAUUUCCAUUGAGAGAACUAAAACAUGUCCCAUGUACACGUUUCCUUGCAUCUAAACUUAAUCGAAGAAAUAUUCAAGGAGAAAUUAAAAGAAAAUACAAUCUUAUAUCUGUCAAAUAUAAUGGGGAGGUGUUUAUCCUAGAAGGAGGUCCUGAAUCUGUUCAGCAAGCAGCUUUAGAACUAUCAAAUAUUAUCGCCCAAGAAAAAGAUGUCGAUAUACAUUGGAAAUGGCUUUGCGAAGAUGGCCAAUUUGAAGAUUACAGCCCUGCAAUAAGUGAAUUAAUUGAAAAUGCUUAUAGCAGACAUGAUCAAAGUGCAUCCAUUUAUAUUAAGGGCAUGCGAUAUAAAGUAAUUUUCGGAAACCCACACGUACAAGUCCUUUCAAAUUCAAAUAUUUCACGAACUGUUAAAAGAAUCGAUGAGAAUCAGGCUAAAAAUGGUAUGUGCCAAGAAAACGCUAAUAAUAACGAUAAACCUUAUGUCAGUUGAUAUUGGCUAGAUGAUGAUUCGAAUUACAAAGAAUUUUCACAUGAAGCUUCAAGACAAAUUGAGGCAGCGUAUAGCCAAAAGAGCAUAGCUUUGGUUCAAGGCAAAGAUAAUAGAGCAUUUUUGGUUGACGCAACAAAAAUGAUGCAAAUUAAUGAAAUGACUCGACAUACAAGGAGGGUCAGAAGGGGAGAUAGCUAA